ACGACGCUGCACGGGCCACGAGCCGGCGCAACAUGGAUGCCGCCGUUGCAGGCAGCUCAUAUAUUCGGCACAAUAUUCAUCUCAAGCGGAAUUGCAGCUAUGAUAUUCAAUGCCACUAUCUUGGCGGUUCUGUUUCGUUUGAGGCGCAGUAUAUUCUCGAAUGUUUUCUACAUACUCAUCUUCAAUUUCGUACUUAUCGAUCUUCUCAGAAGUAUUUGUUCAAUAGUAUGGGCGCUGAAGCUUUUACCAGUGGGUAUAAGCUCAUCGAUGUAUUUCAUGAAAGCGGAUCAGCUAGCUCUGAUGAUUCUGCGUUUUUCAAACUUAGCAACCAUUUUGAAUCUACUUAUGAUAACACUCAACGAAUAUAUAUACAUUGUUUACCCACUACGUUACCGGCAGUUUGUCACGAGUUCUUAUUUAUCUUUCCCAUAUGUUACUUUCAGUUUGCGAAUAGCACUGUUGAUUUCAAUUUGUUGGGGUGUUGCGUGGGCGUUUACAAUAUCCAUUUUGUUUAGUGGUUCACGGAAGCAAUCCAUCUAUAUCAAGCCUAACUGCAUCGCAAGAAUGAAUCAUCUCGGUCGUACCCGCUCAACGGUAGCUUUUGACAGCAGUGUGACUCAUUCGGCACAUUUGCCAUCUUAUUCUUGA